GCUGGCUGGUUCCUUUUAUAUAGUCACUUUGACACAAAUCAUCUUUCUUACUUUGAGAGUUGAGCAAAGCCGUAAGUUUACCAAUUAUGGGCAAGGAGUGGCAUUGGGGUGGAAGGUCCUCCAAGAGGGGUGGAGAAGCUCAAACAGAAAUCCCUUCUGGUUGCAUGUGUGCAGUCUUUCAGGCUUUCGAUUUUCAUCCAUUUCACUUUUCCAUUAACCACCAGCCAUCCUCUUUCAAGUCUCGCACCCGAGAAGACCACACUCUCUCUAAAGGAGCUGAAGGACCAAGGCAUAGCUUGGAGUCAGAAGAUGGUACUACAGUGUCAUCAAUCUCAAAAGAAGCAAAUUUUAAAAUACCAAAGAACAUUCAGAUCAGAACAGGAGGGAGCUCAAGAUCAAAAACAGAAAUUAGUGAUCUUUCGUCAGAAAUCAGUGUCUCUCCAGGGACCAAGACACCGACUUUGGUUGCAAGGUUAAUGGGUCUGGAUCUUCUUCCUGAUGCACAUUCCCCUUCUUCCCCGUGCCUUUCCACUCCAAACCUUUAUAGAUCACGACAACAUAUCAAACUAAUCAAACAUAGAAACAGCACGGGAAGUGACUUCUUGCCUGGGGUUCCUAAAAUGUCCUCUGCAAGAAAAUCGGAUGUUGAGCAUAGACUCUCACUCCAAAUCAACAAGGAGAACACAGUUCCGUAUGAGGAUUUUGAGGUUCCUCUGUUUUCUUUUACAAAGAGAAAAUAUGAUGAGAACAAUAGCCGGAGUCCAAGUCACUAUGCCAAGCAAAUUGUCAAACAGGUUAGAGAAAGUGUGAGCAGAAAGGUUGGACGCGACAUCACCAACACUAUCAAAAACAGAGACCAUGAAGAAGAGGAAUGUGUAAGCAAAAUCAAAUUCAAGAAAACUUCAAAAACUUCAGUGAAUGAAUCUUGCCCUGGAAAACUUUCAAACUCAUCUUAUUCCCCAAGGCUCAGCAGAUUUAUUGAAUCCAAACAAAAAUCAAGCACAAAACCAUCGCCAACAACUCCAAAAAAUCAAAGCACACACUCGGUGCUAAAACCACAAUCACCUCCACGUGCGAUCAACAUUGAAACUGAGCUUUCAGAAGUUUCUACAAAGCCAAAGCCUCAGGCAUUGGCCAAGAAAGAGUUGCAGAACCAAAAAGCAGUCACAAAAUACAAGAAAACAACCUUUGGAAAGUCGAGUACGAGAGUCAAUAUGCCUCCACAAACAUCAAUUAGAAACCAGCAAGAAGAGCCAUUUAUUAUUCGUUAUCCAUUAGUCACUAAAGUCAAUGACAUCAAAACCAAAAAGAAGAGAACUCUUCCACUUUCAAGCGAUCUUUUUAAUAGUCACAACACGGUUCCAAAUCUUCUCCCUGUCAAGAUAGGUCUUUCUCCUCAAAAACAGACACGGGUGAGUUAUGCUGAUGAAUGUCGAGAUGCAAAACGCAACACACAGUUAUUUAGUUGUUCGCGCCAGACGUACAGAGAAAAAGCGCCACGACCACCCGCACCCCGAGGACCAACAACCUGCGAUCACGACAAAUCUCACGGCGCCUUCACCACCAUCUCCUCCGCCGCACUCCACGAAGGACCAGAGUUUCACUACGUCACGAUCAUCUUGUCCCGUGCCACUGGGUCCCACAGCAACGCCACCACACAUAUACCCCACCUCCAUUUUCAGUGGUUCUCUCCCACCCACCCCUUGGACCCUUCACUCUUUCACAGUCUGGAGCGCUACCCAACAUCCCAUUCCUUUGUCUCUUUCCCAGAAGACAACAAAGAUUGCGUAUUUGAGCGGAAACACGGGCUGGAUCCGCGCUGCAACCGUAGAUUGCUGUUCGAUUUGGUGGACGAGUUGCUGUCGGAGAUUCUAGUUAGGCCGAAGCGUUUCAGAGGGAGGCUGUUGGAGACGGUGUGGGAGAGGGUUCGGAGUUUACCACGUGCGAAGUGCGAGGUUUUGGAGGACAUUGAUGGGUUGGUAGAGAUGGAGGAGAUGAGGGAAGAAGAGGAAGAAAAAGGGUUGGUGAAGGAGAUAGAGGGGAACAUAGUGGAGUGGUUGGUGCAUGAAACGUUAACCGUUAUGGUUGGUGGCGUGGAUACGUAAGUGACGGCGUCGUUUGGAAGGGUAAGUGUGGGGCUCACAUGGGAAAGGAUUCACGUGAUGAAUCAGAAGAGAUGCGAUGCCCUUGGCUGUGACUACGGCAUGGAUCCCUCAUCCGUGGAAGCCGUGGCGGUGGGUCCCAUUGUGAAACCAUGAAAACGAGGAUGGCCUCACACCUUGUUCUGUAAAACUCAUGAUUUUCUUGCAGAGGUUUCCCUUUUUUUAUUCCCUCUCUCUCUGUAUCUCCUAGGUUGCUAAUGUAAAAUUUCAAAUGGUCAAUGAAUUUUGCUUUAGUU